AUGGGCGAUCAUAGCAGUACAGAAAAGGAAGCGGUGGACAGGGAGAAAGGGCUCGUAGAGGCUCCACCUCAAAAGUUGGGGUUUAAAGCUCGGAUAUGUUCCCUUUUCUACCGUAUACUACCUCGUCACAGACUCCCCUUGUCGAUUCGAACACAACUGAUUGCGCUUGUUCUAUUUGUUGCACUAUUCUCACUUCUCACAUUGGCCGUUGUAACGGGAACUUACUUCAGUAAUAUUCUUACGCAUACGAGAGCCACUAAGCUUGAAGUUGAGGCUCAGCUUAAGGCUGCCCAAAUGCAGCAGGGCUUCUAUUAUUACUACUACCAGGCCUCAUUACUCAGCUCCAAAGACUCCAUACAAACCGCCAUGACCAAUAGAAAUGCUGGUAACACCUCUUCAGCUGUGACUGCUGGGGCCGAAUCUGCAAUCCAGCAAUUUCUUGAUAGCACCUCACUCUUUAAUGGUGCUAGAUUAUAUGACCCCAGCUUUAUGCUGAUAGCAGAGAUCAACGGUACCAUGCCGAAUGUAAGUGAAUAUUCCGUGCUUGAGCGGCUUUAUGUGCUCAGUUAUUUGGACGAUGCGGGUCCUCCUGAUAUUUUGGCCCAAGAAGACGGCCUUAUUUGGGGUCCUGUUCUGAUAGAUGGUGAGUAUUUCGCUUCUUUUACCAUUCCUGUUGAUACAAACUCGACUUUUUUGCUUGAAGAGCGAGGAUUGGCCGGUUAUCUCACGAUGAUUAUGAAUGUCACUUCAUUGGAGUCGGCCAGUUACAAUACCUCAUCGUCCGGAGAAGAAACGGCUCGGUUUUUUAAACCUAUUUCCUCUACGGACAAUAUUUCGGAUUUUACAGGUUUCAGUUAUGUUUUCGAGCCCGAAGAAAACGCUGGUAUUGAUACCGUUUAUCCCUUGGACGUAUAUAAACCUCUUGAAUCCGUCUUUACAGAGGGAGCCACCAUAGGUUACAUGCUAGACGUGAAAAACCCUCUUGGAAAUAAGGUUUCGGUUGGCUACGCCGCCAUUAACUUUACCUACGGUCUUUGGGCCGUGGUUCUAGAACAGAAUGAGUCCCAUUUCAUGCAGCCCAUAUCAAAGUUGGCCAAAUUAAUGGUAGGUGUUUGUAUAGCUAUUUCUGCUCUCAUGUGUUUCAUUACAUUUCUUCUUGCUCAUUACAGUGUUAGACCAAUUCUCCGGCUUCAAAAGGCUACUGAGGCAAUUACUGAAGGAAGGGGAUUGCAUACUAGAAGAAAGCACAGAAGACGCGGGUUUCAUUUCCAUGAUUAUCGUAGGGAUAAAGGCCCUGCCGCUAUGGCAGCGACAGCUGCACUUGCAACUGGAGCGUCGACCACAACAACUUCUGGUGCUCCUCCUUCUUCUUCAUUGAGCAUAUCUCAGAUAUCUCAUACACCGGCAAUAACACCACCACCAAACGCAGGGGCGUCCCAACAGGCAAAGGCUAACUCUCAGUUGUGUCAUAGGACGUCAUGUUCGAGACCCGAAUCUUAUGUAUUUCAUAACUUUAGUUCUGGAAGCAUCAUUAGUGGUGGGGAAAAUCGGUCCGGACAAGGAAGCGAGGGCUUCCUAGAUUCUUCCCCUGCUACAGAUAUAUCUAUCGACGCCGAUUAUUCGCAUACUCCUCCAUUACCGGCCAUUGUACCCACUAAAGGUAUCUUCUACGACGAGUUGACUGAAUUAACGGAAGCUUUUAACACGAUGACUGAAGAAUUAGAUAAGCAGUACGCACAUUUGGAAGAUAGGGUUCGUGCCAGAACUAAAGAGUUGGAAAUCGCCAAGAUUCAAGCAGAUUCGGCUAGACAGCAGGCUGAGGCAGCUAAUGAAGCCAAGACGGUGUUUAUAGCCAACAUAUCUCAUGAGCUGCGUACACCUUUGAACGGCAUUCUUGGUAUGACAUCCAUUGCCAUGGCUGAGAAGGAAUCCAAAAAAAUACAGUCCUCUUUGGAACUCAUUUUCCGAAGUGGCGAGUUGCUUUUGCAUAUUCUUACUCAGCUUCUCACGUUCUCCAAGAAUCAAUUAGACAAGUCCAAGCCUCAAAAGAAGAAUUUCAUGAUCAUUGAAGUGGCUUCACAAAUCAAAUCAAUCUUUGAUAAGACUGCUAAAGAUCAGGACGUUGAUUUGGUGAUACAAAUCAAGCCCAAUCUCAGUCGAGAAAUGAUCUUACUUGGGGAUUCUAAUAGAAUAAUUCAGGUAGUUAUGAAUUUGGUGAGUAACUCAUUGAAAUUCACUCCUGAAAAUGGUACCGUUAAAGUGAUAAUCAAGGUUCUUGGUGAAUACGACAGGACAAGAUCUAAAGCUGCCAAGUACGAACAUGUAUAUGUAAAAGGUCUUGAGGAAGCUCCCGAAGAUAGAGUUCCUCAUCAUCCGAAGACUCUGAGAGCCAGAUUUUCGUCGUCGUCGAAUCUUUCGUUGAAGUCAGCUUCUGAGUACAGUAUUGCCACUCUAACACCAGCACAAUACCACUCGGAACUGGCUGAAGCGUACAAUUUUGACCACUCGGAGAAGCAGUACUUUGAUGAAGAAGAAGACACAUUUAUUGGCAAAGAAAUGCCGGAUUCCAGUGUUGUUAGGAGAUUCCAUGAGUGCUACAAGUUCAAAGAUACACGAAGAUACUGGGUUCUUCGUAUGUCCGUUAGUGAUACAGGUACUGGUAUUGAUGACUCGUUGCAGGAGAAGAUCUUUGAAGCGUUUGUUCAAGGAGACCAGACAUUGUCGAGAUCACACGGUGGUACCGGCUUAGGCCUUUCUAUUUGUAAGCAGUUUGCCAGACUGAUGCAUGGUACUUUGACACUUAAAUCGAGGGUUAAUGAGGGCUCCACCUUCACCUUUACCAUUCCUUUGCCCCAAGUUGGUGAGAUUAUUCUUGGAGAAGACGAGCGGAUGCUGCUUUACGACGACGAGUUCAAUCCGCAGCAUCCAAGGUCAAAGAAGGUUUCAUUUGCCGAUGAGCAGAAAAGCGAUGGUGAUUAUGGUCAUGUAGUGGCUACUGGUGCCCGUAUGGCUGCCGAUUCGUUUGUUAAGGCGGAUUUGAUCACGAGAGCUUCCACUGGUACAGCUAGAUCGAGGAUGUCCAACGAGGUUCCAGGGUCUGUAUCUUCAGAUGAAGACGAUGAAAAUUCGUCCUCUUCUUCAAUGCCAUCAGAGGUAGCAGACCCAGCAAAGGCCAAGCUAAGGUUCCUCGUGGUGGAAGAUAAUCUGGUUAACCAAGAAGUCGUGAAACGAAUGAUGAAACUUGAAGGUUAUACGGAGGUAACUCUGGCAUGCGAUGGCUACGAAGCUAUAGAUUUGGUCAAACGUGCAGAGAUUUCAGGGAAACCGUUUGACCUUGUUUUGAUGGAUGUUCAGAUGCCAAAGAUGGACGGUAUAUCUGCAACAAGAAUUCUUAGACACGAUAUGGCAUACCCAGGACCUAUUGUGGCUUUAACGGCAUUUGCAGACAAAUCGAACGAGGACGAAUGCACAGAAGUGGGAAUGUCUGGAUUCUUAUCCAAACCAGUUAGAAGGAGCUUACUUAGGGGUAUUAUUGAAAGAUUCUGUGGAGAUAAAGUUGUGCAAGAUGAUGAGCAGAGCAGGACAGAUACUGAAAACGACGAUACGGAUACGGAGACCAGUCAGUUAACUAGUUAG